AUGAAAAAGUUGUCGGAGAACCGACCUACGUUUGGCGACUUUGCCAGCUUCUUACUCCACGGAAAAGAAAAUAUUCGUAUAACUGGUGUUGUUGAUGAAGAUGCUAUUAUUAACAGCAACAAUGAAAAGACUCCAAACUCCAAGAAGAAGAAAGGAUCUCCUCUCAGUCGGAAACUGUCACGUCUUCAAAAACUCUCUCGUGCUAACUCAAACAAUAAAGACUCACUUAACGAGGGGGAGGGGUCAGGAGGUGUUACUAAUGAUAAUAGACCGAUAUUAAUGGUUAGGACUGAGAAUGUGUACCAUGAACCUAUUGAGAAGUCACAAGAGAUCAAGGCAUUGUCAGCUGAAGUGAUUAAAACUAUCAGAGACAUCAUUUCAUUGAAUCCACUGUAUAGAGAGUCAUUGGCUCAGAUCAUUGAGGCUGGUAAAAGAGUUAUAGAUGAUCCUACACAUCUUGCUGAUUUUGGAGCUGCACUGACCAGUGGAGAAUCACAUCAAAUUCAAGCAGUUCUUGAAUGUCCAGACAUUCCUGAGCGAUUGAUGUUAACACUUGAACUGCUCAAGAAAGAAUUAGCCAUUGUAACACUACAAAAGAAACUUGGAAAAGAAGUCGAAGAGAAGUUUACUAAAAUGCAGAGGAAAUAUUUAUUACAAGAACAACUGAAAAUAAUAAAGAGAGAACUAGGAAUAGAAAAAGAUGACAAGGAUGCCAUAUUGGACAAGUUUUGUGAAAAGAUAUCGUCGAUGACUGUACCAAAGGAAGUGGAGACUGUGAUUGAAGAAGAACUGAACAAACUGUCCUUCCUUGAUAACCACUCAUCAGAAUUUAAUGUAACAAGGAACUAUCUUGACUGGUUGACCAGUAUACCCUGGGGUAAGACCAGUAAAGAGGACUUCCAUUUAGAGAGGGCUAAGGUUAUACUUGAUGAGGAUCAUUACGGACUCAAGGACAUUAAGGACAGAAUACUGGAGUUCAUUGCAGUCUCAAGAUUGAAAGGAUCAGUUCAAGGAAAGAUACUCUGCUUCGUAGGACCACCUGGUAAUGUACAU